AUGUCUUCCUAUCCUGCAUACCUCAUGGGUGGCCUCUGCAUCGUUGGUGGUGUCACAGGAUACGCCAGGACAAGAUCAAUCCCCUCCUUGGUGGCUGGCGUCGGUGUUGGUGUUCUCUACCUCUGGAGUGCGGAAAGCAUUCGGAAAGGUACCACCAACGGUUUGGAGGGUGCUCUAGCUGCAUCAGCUCUUUUGUUCCUUUCAUCUCUUCCGAGAGUCGCGAAGGGUCCCGUUCCAGCCAUUUUGGCGACAACCUCGGCGGCAUCUGGAUUGUACUACGGAACGACUGUCUACAACCACAGAUCAUAG